AUGGGAUCAAACAUAGAAGAAGCUCUUAUAGCAAAAGAGAACGCAGAAAAGCUAUUCACAGUAAAAGACUUCACAGGUGCCAAACACUACGCCUUAAAAGCUCAAGCAAUAUGCCCACAACUCGAGGGCAUCUCCCAAAUGGUCGCUACUUUUGAAAUAUACGCAGCAACUGUCACAAAAAUAAACGGUGAAAUCGAUUUAUACUCAGUUCUUGGAUUACACCCUUCUUCAGACAAAUCAUCACUCAAGAAACAAUACAAGAAAAUGGCUGUUCUUCUUCACCCUGAUAAGAACAAAACCAUGGGAGCAGAUGAAGCUUUCAAACUCGUUUCAGAAGCAUGGAGUGUUCUUUCUGAUAACACAAAAAGAAACCUGUACGAUGUCAGAAGAAAUAAACACUUAACCACUUCAGCUUCAAGACUUGACACAUUCUGGACAGUUUGCACUUCAUGUCGUGUCCAAUAUGAAUAUUUAAGAAAAUACGUGAAUAAAAGACUUUCAUGUAAGAAUUGUCGUGGGGUUUUUGUAGCUGUUGAAACAGGAGCUGCCCCUGUGACUUAUUGCCCUUGGUCUUACACAACAUCUGAAAAUGGAUAUGGAAAUCAUUCUUCGUAUAAUGAUUAUAAUCCUCCUCCUCCUCCUCCUACUUAUAUACAAAAUUCAUCAGUGUCUUUUUCAGGAGAUGGGUCCUCAGGGUUUCAUUCAGAAUACACCAAAAAUCUGUCCUUUCAAUGGAAUAUGUCCUCUGGCGCGUUGACUAGUCAAGAUCCCAAUCUUGUUCAUAAACCAAACGGAAGGGCAAAAUCGUCCACAAAGUCAAAUCAUUUAAAUCAUUCGAAUUGUGAAAUCCCGGUUGUUAGGCUUGGAAGGCCUCCGAAAAAGAGAAAGACGGAAGACAUGACACAAAAUGUCAAUACAAACGGUGAAAAAAUGUUAUAUAAAACGGAUGCUGACGUGGCGUUGAGUAACGGGUAUGUUAGUCAUCAUGUCAAUUUUGCCCCUCCUCCGGUUGUUGAUGCAAGAAAGUUGUUGAUUGACAAGGCAAGAAAGGUGAUUCGGUUAAAGUUAGAAGAAAUGAAAUCGGCUUCAAAAACAAUCAAGACCCUGAAGAAAUCCCCAAUGCCAAUAACAGUCCCUGAUCCAGAUUUCCAUGAUUUUGACAUGGAUAGAUCUGAAGAAGUGUUUAAACCCAAACAAAUUUGGGCAAUAUACGAUGAAGAAGAUGGAAUGCCACGUCUUUAUUGUUUAAUUCGCCAGGUCAUCUCUUUAAAACCCUUUCAGCUUUACAUAAGUUACUUAAACUCAAGAACCGAUUCCGAAUUCGGAUCCGUGAAAUGGAUCGAAUCGGGUUUCACAAAAUCAUGCGGAAGCUUCCGGGUGUUUCAUUCAGACAUAGUUGACCAAGUCAACAUCUUUUCUCAUCUUUUGGGGCGUGAAAAAGCGGGGAGAGGUGGGUGUGUGAAGAUCUACCCGAAAAGUGGUGACAUUUGGGCAGUGUAUAGAAAUUGGUCAGUUAAUUGGAAUAGAAAGACACCAAAAGAAGUGAGACAUCAAUAUGAAAUGGUGGAAGUUGUAGAGGAUUAUUCAGAAGAGCUUGGAGUUUGUGUGACUAAUUUGGUUAAGUUAAAAGGUUAUAAAACUGUUUAUCAAAGGGAUUUAAUGAAUGGAAGCUUCUGGAUUCCAAGAAAAGAGAUGUUGAGAUUCAGUCAUCAAGUUCCUUCGUGUUUGCUUAGAGGUCAAGCUUUGAAUUUGCCAGAUGGGUGUUGGGAUCUUGACCCUGCUGCAACUCCUGAAGAGCUUCUAAGAGCUGCCAUGGAAGCUGAACAACAACAAGAACAAGAACAAGAAGAAGAUGAAAAGGUUGAAGAUAUUGAUAAGAUUCAUAGUGUUGUAUAA